AUGGCUUUCAUGAUAUCCAAACACCAACCAUCUUUCUCAGAGGCCGCCGAGAAGGUAAGCGUUUCAGAUCAACGAGAUGAGACAGAAAUUAUAAACUCAGUCACUAGUCAACUCUACUUGAAGUCGUCAUCAUCAUCGGCUCAUCACACUUCAGAAAAAGCUCUGGACAAAGAUGUUGUUCUCAGACGACUUCGCCACCAUAAGUGCUUAAACAGGAUAAAAAAUACUUUCGGAGCUUUGCUGAGUACCACCCCAUCUGGUGGCCAGAGACAGAAGUGGCUGGAACAAGAUGAUGCUUUCUCGCCCCGUGACUUGGACCGACUGACUGAACAGCAAGAUCUUAAUUCUUGCAAUGUAAGUGCUAUUUCAUUUAAAAGACCAUUCAAAGGUGAAAUGAACUCCGAAGGUCACAAAACUUGCCAGAUUGAUGGCUUGUAA